GGUCGAAGUGGAGGUGGUGAGGAUCAGGGGAAUCUGGUAGUAAUGGGAAAUUGCACUCUUAAAGGGGUCACUGGGGAGUGUCACUACUCCAUCCGGGUUCUGAGUGACUGGGGAUCUCUUUUACAGUUCAAAGGUCCCAUAACAGUUGGCGAGGUGCUCCGGCGGCACCAGCCUGGUUAUGGUAUUUUCCGGCAAGGCCAUACAUCCUCGCCGUUGCCGGAGCAUGAGAGCUUAAGUUACGGCCUUCUCUAUUACCUUCUUCCUUUGAAGCCGGAGGAGGUGGUUGAAAACACUUCAACUGAUCAUCAUGGAGAUCCAAAUCAGGAAGUGGAAGGCAAGGGUUGUGAGCAUAGAGCAGAGGAAGGGGGGACGAAUGAGAACAAAGAGAAACAAGGCAGGUCGCCGGACACAGCAGAAUCAGAAUACGUGAAGAAUUUGUCGAAUGGGUCUGCGCUUGAAGUCCUUCCAUCGGCCGGAAAUGGCGUUUGGAAGGUGAAGUUGGUGAUUGACACGAAACAACUGGAGGAGAUUUUGUCAGAGCAGGUGAAUACUGAAGCGUUAAUUGAGAAGAUGAGGAUGGCUGCUUCUGCAACUUCGUCCAGUCCCACAAGAAGCAGACGAACCAUGAGCCCUUGGAAAUUGGGAUGGAAGCCACCAACUCUCUUCAACAACACACCCAUUAUCAAGGAAAGGCUCUCUACACCAAGUUGCCUCAAUAAAAGCACUUUGUAACAAGUUAGAAUUUCAGUGUUAACAUUAGAGUUGUGGAUUUAAUUGGAUGUCCUGUCCAAAUAUGACUGAAAUAUCGAGGUGUUUGAUUGUUUAGUAGUUCCAAGGCGACCCGUUCUGUAAAUUUCUUAUCCAUCCUCCCGAAUUGGCCGCUUAAGGUUAAUUCCUAAUGAAUGCUGGCGGAUUGAAGUUCUGUGGAUUCUGAAUCCAUAAAUAGUAAAUAAAAGUAAGUUUAACCUUUUUCGAC